AAUAUGGUGUUCAGGCGCUUCGUGGAGGUUGGCCGGGUGGCUUACGUCUCCUUUGGGCCUCAUGCCGGGAGGCUGGUCGCGAUUGUAGAUGUUAUUGAUCAGAACAGGGCUUUGGUGGAUGGACCUUGCACUCAAGUAAGGAGGCAGGCUAUGCCUUUCAAAUGCAUGCAGCUCACUGACUUCAUCCUUAAGUUCCCACACAGUGCCCGCCAGAAGUAUGUCCGAAAAGCCUGGGAGAAGGCAGAUAUCAAUGCAAAGUGGGCAGCCACAAGGUGGGCCAAGAAGAUUGAAGCCAGAGAAAAGAAAGCCAAGAUGACAGAUUUUGAUCGUUAUAAAGUCAUGAAGGCAAGGAAAAUGAGGAACAGACUAAUCAAGCUUGAAGUUAAGAAACUUCAAAAGGCAGCUCUCCUGAAGGCUUCUCCCAAGAAAGCACUUGCUGCUAAGGGGGCAGCUACAGCAGCUGCUGCAAAGGUUCCAGCAAAAAAGAUGACUGCUACGGGUAAGAAGGCUCCAGCCCAGAAGGUUACUGCCCAGAAAGCUGCAGGCCAGAAGGCAGCACCUCCUCCAAAGGCUCAGAAGUGUCAGAAAGCUCCAGCCCAGAAAGCACCUGCUCCAAAGGCAUGUGGCAAGAAAGCAUAAGAGGCUGUUAUAAACAGAAUAAAGGUUCUUUUUGACAUGCUGGCAAA